AACCCUUUAGGUGUACAUGACUUCACAAAGGUGAGGAACGAACCCUGUGACACCUUUACCUAGACAAGGUCACACAUCGAAAUUCAUUAACCGCCUUUAUUGUAUGGUAUUGACAAGUUGGAAUAUUAAUUAUCAUGGAGGGGUAUAAAACGGGAACUUGCUCCUUAUUCAAGCACAUUCGAGCUACGUGUGUUCUGAAAAUAAGGUGUUAAAGAUGAAUUCCCACCAAUCCAUCGUCCUCCUCGCUCUCACCAUCACGCUGUGCUCAGCGCACAUCGGGGGUGGUCAGGUCUCGUUCCAGGAUGCCAACCCGCAGGUGUACUGCGGCCGGUCUCUCGCCAGAGCCCUGGCGUUCCUGUGCCCCGAUGACGGAGGCUCCGAGAUCAAGCGCUCCGACGCUGGUUCCAUGUAUAAUGCAAUUCUACCACCUUACUACAAAGAGCAGGAAGGGUUCGGCUGGCCUUGGCUGGCUCCUCACAAGGCCCGGGGCAUGUCCCUCCCCUCCCGAGGCAAGAGGUUCGUCGUCAACGAGUGCUGCGACAAGGCCUGCAGCCUCAGCGAGCUGCUCUCGUACUGUUAAACAGUAUGUCAAAUGCUGUGUUGCCAGCUGGAAGAAUUUGUAAAGCUACUGUGUUUAGCGCUUUGCCGUAGUCGCCUGUUUUGUUAGACUGUGGUUAGGUUUGUGUUAUUCGGUAUUAUUAUAAAAGAAAUUCUGUAAGAUGGAAUUCCAGCAAAUCUUUACCGCUUUAAUUGUAUAUUGGGGAUGUAAAAAACUUAGCAGAAAAUUGUUUGAAUACAAAGAAAUGAGAACCUAAGAAAAUCUCCAAUACAAUUUCUUUCAAGUUUUUUAAAUAUUAAAAUGAAAAGAGCAUUUUAACAGAUAAAUAAUAAAUGUCCCACGUUGGCAACACAGCGGGAGCACUAUUUUUCUAAAUUAUUAUUUCAUCUCGAUGGAUGAUCAUAAAUCAUUAUAAAACGGGUAAUCCCCUGAUAGUGGAUCGUUGCUCAGGCACUCGUUUAUGUGGACUUUUUUGCUUUUUACUAGAUAAAUGUUGUUUAUGAGUGAAAAUAUUUUAUAUGAUAAUAAAUUUAUUGUUGUUGCAA